AUGGAGAAGGGGAUGAGAGUUGAACAACGUCACAAGAGCGUCUCCUCAUUCCAAGGUCAUUCCCUUGUUGAGGCGGAUGGUGUGAUGGUUGCGCUUGCUUUGGCUGCCUACAACGACUGCGGCGCCGUGUAUGCUGACAUUUGGGCAAGGUGGAAGUCGUACGGAGAAGGCAGUAGGUUGGGACAAGACGCUACUCGGGAAGAAAGGCGGGAAGCGUUGUGUGUGACCAAACUGUUUGUAGAAGAGGGUCGCGAUAGCCGAGUGCCCAGCCCCAAGGCUGUGGUGAAGGAAAACAAAAAUAUUU